AAUGGCUUUGCACCAUCUUCACCACCAGGAGAAAAAAAUCUGCAUCAACUACAAAGUAAAGCAGGUCAGUGCAGAGUUUCAUAGGAUCACGACCCUAAACCUUGAACCAAAGUUCAUGGCAUCGUUGGACUUGUAUUCAUCCAAACUCCUGUCCUUGUUUCAAGCCAAGAAAGGUGCUGCUGGACAACGCCACAGGGCACAGUUAAACCUUCUGCUUCAGAGUGGAAAUUCCAUCGAGAAAAAACGAGAAGUCAUCAUCAGAUGUCUCAUUGACCAUCUGGGAGAGGAUCCAAGUGCCUUAAUCAAAACCUUUGAGGGCGGUGCUGAUGCUGUCUUUGUUGAAGAGGCUUUGGCUGAGGAGGUGAUGAAGAUUUACCUGCUGCAGAAUCAAGACAGGUCAGGCGAACCUACUGAUGUGGGUAUUGUUAUUGAAGGCGUUACUGUUCUGGGCAAACUUGGGAAUCUGAGCAAAGCCUGUUGCUAUCUUUUGGGACUGUGCUAUGCUCUGGAUCUGAAAUACCCCAAGAAUCUCAAAUGCACAUUUGAAGCAUUUCAAAAAGUGUUCAUGGAGCUGGAUCCAGGAAACCUUUCUGUCAAGGUUCAAAGACUGAAAAAUGACCUCUGUUCAUUGUAGACAAAAUUCCACAGGACUGUUCUUAGUGUUAGACUUGUUAAGUGACAUGUAAUGCUCAUCAAAAGGUUCAGUUGCGGCAUUACAUUGUGCUGACAUUCCUGUUCAUAAAUAAUGUUUUUACCAUAAACUGUGUUUUUGUAUUAACUUUCCAGAUUCACAUUAAGGUGUAAAUGGGAGAGUAUCUUCUGUAUGGUUUUUUUUUUUUAGCGCAAUCCUUUUUGAAACCUUUUUAUUUAAAUUAUGGAAGUUUUUUGGUCACUCUUUAGUUAUAAUCUUCCCAAUUUUUUGGAAUCAAAAUAAGAUGUUCAAAAACUAUGUCACAGUGCAAAUGUUUUUUUUUUCAGGAUUUAAAUUUUUUUGGGAUCUUAAUUUUAUUUUUGUCAUUUGACCUUUUCUGAAAAGGUAAAGCACUGCGUUCACUUGAGCCACUUUUAUUCUUUGUAUGGCAGGUACAUUUUUCUUGUUGUUAGCAUCAAUAGGCCAGUUUUACAGAGUUUUAUCAAGCAUGCCAAUUUGGAUGCAAUUUUAUUAUAUAAGGCUGUUGUGACUGAAAUUUUAUCCAAGUUUUAUCUACUGAAUGUAGAACAGAUUUCAGCUCACUGUGUUCAGAGAAGGAAUCUGCUAAAUGUGUGAUUCACAAAAAAGCUGGUUAAAAUAAAUCAUUGUGAACAAUGUUGAA